UGGGAAAUCUACAUUGCCGGCUUAUCUCGAGGUAUUCAACUAAUCUUACACGUAUAUACAAUACUGUGGCUUCUCUCCUGUCAAUUGAAUAGAUUUCAAUAGGACCUGACCCCGAAUUCUGUGCUCUGUGUCAAAAGUUCCUGCGCUUGACGCCUGGUCGAAGCCAGCCAUGUUGUCUCUUCUGCCACAGUCAGAAGGCUAUCUCCCACUUUACAUUCUCUUCGUCGGCACUACCGCGAUAAUCAAUGCUGUCCAGAGCUACACUACCUUGUCGUACACGCAACGACUCUAUCCUGGCACCGCGGCCACUUCGAAGUCCAAGCCAGCUAACCCAGCGCUGACAUCUCCUGUCACUCCUCUCUCUGCCCGAACUUUUGGAACGUGGACAUUUGCAGUGGGUGCGGUUAGGAUCUUUGCUGCGUAUCACAUCAAUGAACCUUCUUGGUACCAUUUACAGAUUAUCUCCAACUUGAUCGGUGCCGUCCACUAUUUCCUCGAGGCCUUUGUGUACAAGACCAGCCCGCCUUCGGGCCCGUGGCUUGCGCCCGUAAUUGUGUCAUGGAUUGGCACUGGCUGGAGUAUCGCGCAGUAUAACUUUUACUUGAAAUAGAGAUCACGACGCAAUCUUGUCAUCGGCCGAGGGUGACUGCAGCGGUUCUUCUGGCUUUUGAAGACGAUUCCGAUAGAGCUCCCCACCACAGAGUCGCAGUCGUGUCGUGGCUUGCUCGGGUGUGAUGUCUCUCUGCGGCUCGGCCAUUAGUUCAUAGCCAACCAGGAACUUUCGGACCGUCGCACUCCUGAGGAGAGGCGGAUAAAAAUGAAGGUGGAGAGUGGAGACUUGUAUCUCUUCAGCCGUGCCAUCCAAAGGGGCUUGAUGUAUGCCCAUGCUGUAGGGGAAGCUCGUCUCAAAGAGGUUAUCAUAGCGUCGAGUAAUGUCGGCAAUGGCCUCGGCGAGAUGUAACUGCUCGGUGCAGCUCAAGUCGACGAGAGAGCGGAUAUGCCUGAUGGGAAGAAUCAUGGUCUCGAAUGGCCAAGUUGCCCACCAAGGGCAUAUCACAAUGAAGCUGUCAUUUUCAAAGACGACCCGCUCCUUUUUUUGUUGUUCUAACCGAGCAUAGUCGAGCAAAAGAUGCAGUCCGCCUUGUUCACGGUGGUAUUUGGUCAGUUGGGACAGUUCGAGGGCGGCCUCUUCGGGCAAGGAGGUGGUGGUCCAUAUCUGGCCAUGGGGGUGGGGAUUGGAGCAUCCCAUGGCUGCGCCUUUAUUCUCGAAAAUCUGCAUCCACCGAUAUUGUUGGUGGGGUGUAGCGGGACUGGCAUGAGGGCUAGAGGGAGGCAGAUGGGUGGCAUGUGCAAGCGAGGCUAGGGGUGAGGUUGGCGACAGAUGAGCCGCGUAGAUGUCUGUCCAUGUCUUCAC